AUGGACUUUUUCCCAGAAUUCCUCAACGACUCUUCCACUCACUAUGAUGGCCCUGGUUUGAAGGUGCCUCUUCCCCGGGCAGGAUUCAUCACGCUGUCCCUCCUCAUGGCCGUGUUCUCCAUCACAUCUGUCGUGUUGAACGCUACAGUGAUAGUCGUCACCCUGCGGCACAAACAGCUGCGGCAGCCGCUCAAUUUUGCCCUGGUUAACCUCGCCGUGGCCGACCUGGGCACCACACUAACAGGAAGCGUGCCAUCUGUGGUGACCAAUGCUGUAGGCUACUACAUUAUGGGACGGAUCGGCUGUGUAUUGGAGGGAUUUUGUGUUGCAUUUUUUGGUAUCUCCGCGCUGUGCACCGUGGCUCUGAUCGCAGUGGAGCGUCUGUUUGUGGUGUGCAGACCUCUGGGCUCCAUCACGUUUCAGUGCAGACACGCCGCAGGAGGCCUGUUGUCCUGCUGGCUUUGGUCUCUGAUCUGGAACACUCCGCCUCUGCUGGGCUGGGGAAGCUACCAGCUGGAGGGAGCGGGCACGUCCUGCGGGCCGCACUGGCAGAGUCGAGAACUCAGAGACGUGUCUUACAUCAUCUGCUACUUCUCCGUCUGCUUCGCGGUGCCAUUCGCCAUCAUCCUGGUGUCGUAUUCAUGGCUGCUCUACACGCUGAGACAAGUUUUACUGGAAAUGGUAAACAAUCUGGGAACUUUUGGCAUGCUCUUUUCAGCAUACUACGAUUUGGGACAUAUUUUCAAACACUAUAAGCAUUGCAACGCAGCUUUAACGUUAGUUUUAUUUUUUGUUGUUGAAUAUCACUGGUUGCCUUACGCUGCUCUCGCUCUAACCGUCGUCUCCAAACCUGAGGUCCAGCUGGCCGUGCUGGUCAAGGUUUUACCCAUAUACAUGGCCAAGAGCAGCACUGUAUACAACCCCUUGAUCUACAUAUACAUGAACAAACAGGUGAGCAGAACAAGCUGA